UCACUCAACAAAGCUAACCAUAAACUGUGUGGGUAAAGAGUGAAGAAAGCAAAAAAGAAAAGCUAAAGAUGGUGCUAAAGGUGUACGGACCUCACUUUGCUUCACCAAAGCGAGCUUUGGUAACGUUGAUCGAGAAGGGCGUUGCCUUCGAGACCAUCCCCGUCGAUCUCAUGAAAGGAGAACACAAGCAGCCUGCUUAUCUCGCUCUUCAGCCUUUUGGUACCGUUCCUGCUGUUGUCGACGGAGACUACAAAAUCUUCGAGUCACGUGCGGUGAUGAGGUACGUAGCUGAGAAGUACAGGUCACAAGGACCUGAUCUUUUGGGGAAAACCGUUGAAGACAGAGGUCAAGUGGAGCAAUGGCUCGACGUGGAAGCCACCACUUACCACCCACCGCUCUUGAACUUGACGCUACACAUAAUGUUUGCAUCAGUCAUGGGAUUCCCAUCUGAUGAGAAACUGAUCAAGGAGAGCGAAGAGAAGCUCGCGGGUGUUCUUGAUGUCUACGAGGCACAUCUCUCGAAGAGCAAGUACUUGGCUGGUGAUUUCGUGAGCUUGGCUGAUUUGGCUCACCUCCCGUUCACUGAUUACUUGGUUGGUCCCAUUGGGAAGGCUUACAUGAUCAAAGAUAGGAAACACGUGAGUGCGUGGUGGGACGAUAUUAGCAGCCGUCCUGCGUGGAAGGAGACUCUUGCCAAGUACUCAUUCCCGGCUUAAGAUGAGUUCUUGGUGAUGGUGUUUGUGUUUUAUGUGAGGUUUAAUAAAAGUGGAACUAAAUGAAUGCGCCUCUUAUGUAAUGUUACCUCUGUCACUGUGUUCUCUUUCCUUUUGUAGUUUAAUAAGUAUAUCUAUCGCUUUGUGAGGCUUUCUAUAUAAGGAAAUGAUCUUUUCCCCUAGUUCUACUUGAAUGGUUAACUAGCUUAAGAAAAUUAAUUAUGAAUG